AUGACUGAUACCGUGUUCAGCAACAGCUCUAACCGGUGGAUGUAUCCCAGUGACCGGCCCCUUCAAUCCAAUGAUAAAGAACAGCUUCAGGCUGGCUGGUCUGUCCACCCCAGUGGUCAGCCUGACAGACAGAGGAAGCAGGAAGAACUGACAGAUGAGGAGAAGGAAAUCAUCAACAGGGUGAUCGCUCGAGCUGAGAAAAUGGAAGAGAUGGAGCAAGAGCGAAUUGGGCGCCUGGUGGACCGCCUGGAGAACAUGAGGAAGAAUGUGGCUGGGGAUGGGGUGAACCGCUGCAUACUGUGUGGAGAACAGCUGGGGAUGCUGGGCUCCACCUGUGUAGUGUGUGAGGACUGUAAAAAGAAUGUCUGCACCAAGUGUGGGGUGGAGACCUCCAAUAACCGCCUGCAUUCUGUGUGGCUCUGCAAAAUCUGCAUCGAGCAGAGAGAGGUGUGGAAGCGUUCUGGAGCAUGGUUCUUCAAGGGCUUCCCCAAACAGGCCCUCCCACAGCCUAUGCCUGUAAAGAAGACCAAGCCCCAGCAGCUUGUCAGCGAGCCUGCUGCCCCCGAGCAGCCUGCUCCCGAGCCCAAGCACACGGCCCGGCCUCCAGCUCGAGGUGACACUGAAGACAGGAGGGGCCCAGGUCAGAAGACAGGCACUGACCUGACCUCUGCUCCUGGGCGAGGAAACUAUGGGCCUCCUGUGCGCAGGGCCUCUGAGGCGCGCAUGAGCUCAUCUAGCCGGGACUCAGAGAGCUGGGACCACGGCCACGGUGGGGGUGCAGGGGACUCCCGCCGGAGCCCAGGAGGUUUGAGACGGGCCAACUCGGUCCAGGCCUCCAGACCCGUCCCAGCCUCGAUGCAGAGCCCAGCACCUCCUCAGCCUGGGCAGCCAGGGCCCCUGGGCAGCAGCAGACCCGGUCCUGGGCCAGUGGGACGUUUUCCAGAUCAGAGACCAGAGGUGGCUCCAAGUGACCCCGGCUAUACAGGGACCACUGCCCCACCCAGGGAGGAGAGAACAGGGGGAGUUGGGGGUUACUCAGCAUCUGGAGCCAGGGAGGACCGAGUGGGCCACCCACCGGGUCCCUACCCCCAAGCAUCUGCAGCUGCCCCCCAGCCUGCUGUGGCCCCUGCUCGCCAACCACCACCCCCGGAGGAGGAGGAAGAAGCCAACAGCUACGACUCAGAUGAAGCAACCACCCUGGGAGCCCUGGAAUUCAGCCUUCUCUAUGAUCAGGACAACAGCUCCCUGCAGUGCACCAUCAUAAAGGCCAAGGGACUGAAGCCCAUGGAUUCCAAUGGCUUGGCCGAUCCCUACGUUAAGCUGCACCUCCUGCCAGGAGCCAGCAAGUCCAACAAGCUUCGCACAAAAACUCUACGGAACACGCGGAACCCCAUCUGGAACGAGACUCUCAUCUAUCAUGGCAUCACCGAUGAGGACAUGCAAAGGAAGACUCUCAGGAUCUCUGUCUGUGAUGAGGACAAAUUUGGCCAUAAUGAGUUUAUUGGUGAGACCAGAUUCUCGCUCAAGAAACUGAAGCCCAACCAGAGGAAGAAUUUCAAUAUCUGUUUGGAGCGAGUGAUCCCCAUGAAGCGUGCCGGGACCACCGGGUCAGCCCGAGGCAUGGCGCUUUAUGAGGAGGAGCAGGUGGAACGGAUUGGUGACAUAGAAGAGCGUGGCAAGAUCCUAGUGUCCCUCAUGUACAGCACACAGCAGGGGGGCCUCAUCGUGGGCAUUAUACGCUGCGUGCACUUGGCUGCCAUGGAUGCCAAUGGCUACUCGGACCCAUUCGUCAAGCUCUGGCUGAAACCAGAUAUGGGAAAGAAGGCCAAACACAAGACUCAAAUUAAAAAGAAAACCUUGAACCCCGAAUUUAAUGAGGAGUUUUUCUAUGACAUCAAACACAGUGACCUGGCAAAGAAGUCCCUGGACAUCUCCGUCUGGGACUAUGACAUCGGCAAGUCCAAUGAUUAUAUCGGCGGCUGCCAGCUGGGGAUCUCGGCCAAGGGAGAGCGCUUAAAACAUUGGUACGAGUGUCUGAAAAAUAAGGACAAGAAGAUCGAGCGCUGGCACCAGCUACAGAAUGAGAAUCAUGUGUCAAGCGAUUAG